AUGGCGAGCCUCCUACGUGUCGUGGCAGCCAGCUGCUCGGCCCCUGUGUUCAGCGGGGUUUCCUGUGUGAAGCUGCAGAGCGGCCGCACCGUCAAAUCUUCAUGCCUUCGCUUUUUCAGGACCCAUCAAGCUCUCGGACGAUGUGCCAGUCCAGGUAUUCCAUACAAACAGAUCACGGUCGGCGUACCCAAAGAAAUAUUCCAGAAUGAGCGUCGUGUGGCGAUUUCACCCGCUGGCGUCCAGGCGCUCAUCAAGCAGGGCUUCAAUGUCGUCGUGGAGUCCGGAGCCGGAGAGUCUUCCAAGUUCCCUGAUGAACAGUACACCCAGGCUGGAGCAACAAUUAAAGACAUUAAAGAUGUCUUGGCAUCUGAUGUGGUGGUUAAGGUCCGCGCUCCUGUUUUCAACCCUGCUUUGAGCGUCCACGAGGUGGAGAUGAUGAAAGAUGCGUCCACUUUGAUCAGCUUCAUCUACCCAGCUCAGAACCCCGAGCUGAUGGACAUGCUGUCCCAGAAGAAGGCCACCGUCCUGGCUAUGGACCAGGUGCCCCGAGUCACCAUCGCCCAGGGUUUUGAUGCACUGAGCUCCAUGGCAAACAUUGCAGGGUACAAGUCAGUUGUGUUGGCAGCUAACAACUUUGGUCGCUUUUUCACCGGACAAAUCACAGCAGCUGGUAAAGUGCCACCUGCAAAGGUUCUGAUCAUUGGAGGUGGGGUGGCUGGAUUGGCAGCAGCUGGUACUGCCAGGGCGAUGGGAGCCAUUGUCAGAGGAUUUGAUACCAGAGCUGCAGCUUUGGAGCAGUUUAAAUCUCUGGGCGCCGAGCCGCUGGAGGUGCACGUUAAGGAGUCAGGCGAGGGCCAGGGAGGCUACGCCAAGGAAAUGUCAAAGGAGUUCAUAGAGGCAGAGAUGAAGCUGUUUGCCAAACAGUGUCAGGAGGUGGACAUUGUCAUCAGCACUGCUCUUAUCCCUGGUAGGCGGGCACCCAUCCUGAUCACCAAACCAAUGGUAGAGAGCAUGAAAGAUGGGUCAGUGGUGGUGGACUUGGCUGCCGAGGCUGGAGGAAACAUUGAGACCACAGUACCUGGAGAGCUUUCAGUACACAACGGAGUGACCCAUAUCGGCUACACAGACCUGCCCAGCCGUUUGCCGACACAGUCCAGCAGUCUGUACUCCAACAACAUCACCAAGUUGAUCCGGGCCAUCAGCCCCGACAAGGAGAACUUUUACUUUGAUGUCAAGGAAUCAUUCGACUAUGGUACCAUGGACCACGUUGUCAGAGGAUCUAUUGUCAUGCAGAAUGGAAAGAACCUGUUCCCCGCUCCUCAGCCCAACAAUGUGCCUGUUGCAGCUCCUCCUAAACCCAAGUCCGUCCAGGAAAUGGAGAAGGAGAAGGCUUCGCAAGUCUCUCCCUUCAAGGCUACGCUUACCACUGCUGGCGUCUACACCGGAGGUGCUGCCACCCUGCUAGGUCUUGGUCUGUCCGCUCCCAACGCCGCUUUCACUCAGAUCGUCACCACCUUUGGUCUGGCUGGCAUCGUGGGAUACCACACAGUGUGGGGAGUCACCCCUGCUCUGCAUUCUCCACUCAUGUCUGUCACCAACGCUAUCUCAGGUCUGACGGCUGUGGGUGGUCUGUCCCUGAUGGGAGGCGGCUACACUCCUACAACUAGUGCUGAGACACUGGCUGUGCUGGCCGCCUUCAUCUCCUCGGUCAACAUUGCUGGUGGUUUCCUGGUGACUAAGAAGAUGUUGGACAUGUUCAAGCGUCCCACUGAUCCUCCAGAGUAUAACUACCUUUAUCUGCUUCCUGGUGGUGUCUUCGUUGGAGGCUACGCUGCCGCUCUGCAGUCCGGAUACAACAUUGAACAGAUGAUGUACUUGGGCUCAGGUCUGUGCUGUGUCGGUGCCCUUGCUGGCCUUUCCAACCAGAAAACAGCCCGCCUGGGUAACGCCUUGGGUAUGAUGGGAGUCGCAGGUGGGAUCGCUGCCACUCUGGGUGCCCUCAAGCCAAGCCCUGAGCUCCUGGCACAGAUGAGCGCAGCCAUGGCUGUCGGUGGCACUGCGGGCCUGGCCAUUGCUAAGAGGAUCCAGAUCACUGACCUGCCCCAGCUGGUCGCUGCCUUCCACAGCUUGGUUGGGCUGGCUGCCGUGUUCACCUGUGUGGCCGAAUACAUGAUCGAGUAUCCCCACUUUGCCACGGACCCCGCGGCCAACCUCACCAAGAUAGUCGCCUACAUCGGCACCUACAUCGGUGGAAUCACUUUCAGUGGAUCUUUGGUGGCAUACGGCAAACUGCAAGGUGUCCUGAACAGUGCUCCCCUGAUGCUCCCUGGUCGUCACGCUCUGAACGCCACUCUUAUGGCAGCCAGCGUUGGUGGGAUGAUUCCCUUCAUGUUGGACCCCAGUUACACCACAGGCCUCACCUGUCUUGGCUCUGUCUCUGCUCUCUCCGCUGUCAUGGGUGUAACCCUGACAGCAGCUAUCGGAGGCGCCGACAUGCCGGUGGUCAUCACCGUACUGAACAGUUACUCAGGCUGGGCCCUGUGUGCCGAGGGCUUCCUGCUCAAUAACAACCUCCUGACCAUCGUCGGAGCUCUCAUUGGGUCGUCUGGAGCCAUUCUGUCAUACAUCAUGUGUGUGGCCAUGAAUCGUUCACUGGCUAACGUGAUCUUGGGUGGCUACGGAACAUCCUCCACCGGUACAGGAAAGCCCAUGGAGAUCAUAGGCACACACACAGAGGUCAACGUGGAUCAGACCGUCGACAUGAUUAAAGAAGCCCAGAGCAUAAUCAUCACUCCAGGUUGGGGACUCUGUGCUGCAAAGGCCCAGUACCCCAUCGCUGAGCUGGUGAAGAUACUUAAUGAAGCUGGAAAAUCAGUCAGGUUUGGUAUUCACCCCGUGGCUGGCCGUAUGCCUGGUCAGCUCAAUGUGCUGUUGGCUGAAGCUGGUGUCCCGUAUGAUAUUGUCCUGGAAAUGGAAGAGAUUAAUGAAGACUUCCCUGAGACGGACCUGACCCUGGUGAUCGGUGCCAAUGAUACAGUGAACUCAGCCUCUCAGGAAGAUCCCAACUCCAUCAUUGCUGGUAUGCCUGUGCUGGAGGUCUGGAAGUCUAAGCAGGUGGUUGUGAUGAAACGUUCCCUGGGCGUGGGAUACGCAGCUGUUGACAACCCCAUCUUCUACAAGCCCAACACUGCGAUGUUGCUAGGUGACGCCAAGAAGACAUGUGACGCCCUGCAAGCAAAGGUCCGCGAGUCCCAGGAACAGUAAGGUUGUGGGAGCCACUGAGAGCCUACGUGGAAGUAGAAAGAAAAGGAAUCAACGUUUUUCCAAAAAUAUCUCAGCAUUAAGAUCCUCUUUGUCCAACUGUGACUCAGCCAAUUGAGCAAAGAUGAUCGCUUAAUAAAAGGUCUUUGGCACACCCUUCCUGUCAUCUAUCGAUAAAAGAAUUGGCAAUGUUUGAUGUCAAAGAUACACUUACACAGUAAGAGCCAAGCAAUGCAGAUAUUGUAGUUUUUCUAUUAGUGUAUAUCACAGUGCUCAUGAACUUAAAUACAGAAUUUGUUCUUUUAUUUCUAGAUAUUAAAGGAAGGGUACAUCGACCAUGUGCAUGUAGUCUGUAAUCUGCGGAGCAUCUGACGAGUGUCGUCUUCAUUUUAGACACUUAGGUUAAUGUACAACAAUCAAAAACGUAGAUGCAUUAAGAUGUUAGUUGUGUUAAAUUUAAAUAGUCAAUAGCUGAAAGUAAAUCUUAGAUGAAUUGGAAUAAAAAAGGAACAAAAGCAGACAUAUAUACAUAAAUAUAAUAAUGAUGGUAAAUCCCAGAGACUUAAGGACUAAAGUUUUUUUCCCCCCACACUAUAAAGACUGUUUCUCCCCCUUUCUUUAUUUCUUUUUCUUUCUCUCUUUGCUUUCAUUAUGGCAAAGUUAUUUGAUGUUCCUUUUGGUAGAUCUCUUUGCUCAGAUGUUUAUGUCACACCUCCUUAUUUCUGUAAGUUAAAAGAAAAAAAAGCAGAAUAGUGCGACAUUUUUCUAAAGUUCUUUCAGUUCCAGUUUUAUACUGUAUUGAGAGAUUUUUGUAUUCGGGUCCAGAAAACCUCGAACAUGUCAGUGUGAUCACGUUUUAGAAGCUAGUCAUCCUAUUGAUUAGGUCAUUACCAUCAAUCCUCCUAUUUUUUCUUUUCACUGUGUGUCUCCUCCUCCGCCAUGCCUCUAGUGCAGCAAUCACACAUGGGGCCAAAUACAGUUACAAAUCCAUUCAGACUGUCAAGCAUUUAAUGCAAUAAACCAAACGGGCUCUGAGCUUUUUUAAGUACGAGACCGCAGCUGUCCUGUAAAGACUGUAUUACUCCUGCGAGCAAACAAACACUCUUGUAGCUCUGACAGCUGAAUGGAUUUUAUGAUGUUUUUCAGCCAGGUGUGUCCCAUCAUCCUGUGUGGCUCUGAUAUUACGGUAAAGAAGGGUUGUUGUUUUUUUUUUCCUUCUUUUUGUUUUUUUUUAAGUGAAUGUGGCUCAUCCACUCCAAUAUGUGUCCUCAUUAUUGCUCUAAAGGGAAAUGAAGGAACACUUCUUGUAAAGUAGGGCCAGAUGUUAAUCUGAAUGACUGAUAUUCAUCAUAAACCUUAACUUGUGCCAACAAAAUACAAAAUAUUGAUUAAUGUAUAACAACGUAAGUACUUCUUGACAAAUCACCGAUAUAAUGACAGUAGCUCCCACUCUACACCUGUCACUCACUACACAGUUGAGCCAACCGAACUACAAGCAACAGAAACUUUGUCCACCCAGUUUGAAUCUUUGACUAAGGUUGGAUUGCUGUCACCUUUUUAUGGGCAUGAUACAAGAGAUGAAUUAGUAAUAUGUUUUCCUCGUACACGGUUUGAGGAAAGUGCUUCAUAAUAACUAAGUUAUUAUAGUUUCAUCGCGGGACCUGAUACAUAGACCAUGACACCUACCUCUCCAUGAAAUGAUCAAUAACUUUCCAUAGGACUUCAUCUGACCAAUCACCUUUGACCAGAUGUGUAACAGACCAGUCAUUUUCCAUCUUAAUUCAACCAGUCGGGUCUCAUGGAUCCUAAACCUGACCAAUUGCCUCCUGUUUUUGUGUUGUGUUUUUAACCAUCAGACCUCAGUUUGCUGCUGGCUAGUUUACUGUACGUUAUGCAAGUGUAGAGCUGUCGAUGUCAUUACUGCUUAUGAGGGGUUUUUGUUCUUACUCAAUUUACACAAACAUGAAGUCUUUAGGGACUAUUAAAUUGAGGUGUAUGCUCAAUAUUUCUUCUUGCCAUUUUUGUAUUGUAUAGGCAUUGAUCAAACUAAGGAAGAAGGAAAAUCAAAUUUUACAAUGGCCAACAUGUCCUCCCUGUGCCCUUUUAAAUUUUUAUCUUCUAAAGAAGAGAAUCUUUUUGUAAAGAGGCUAUUUGUGCGGAGCAACAGUUAGGGUAUGAAGAUGUACAAUGUUUCAAUGCGCCAUGUAGGGAGAUGAAAUGUACUGUGAAUGUUUUCCCCCUCUUGUUUUUCAUGGAACAUGUUCAUCCCUAAUAAACCUGUAUUUACACUAGA